UUGAAAAUCAGAAAGAUUAGUUUACUUCCAACUCCGAGCUGAAAGGUUGUGUGCUGUGAAUUCUUAAAAAUUAAAAAAAGUGAGACUCAAUUAAAUUCCAAAAAUGCCUUCUUCUGAUAAGCCAAGACCUCAAGUUAGGGAGUUAAUGCAUCCGGUGAAUGGAAUCGUUCAGCCACCGGUUUAUCCGCACCCAAAACGUCCUGGUCGCAAGACCAAUGUCCUGGAGUCCUUCAAGCCCCUGCUGUCUGCCAUUUGGAGAAAGCCCUGGGCUUUCUAUUUCCACCACCCCGUUAACUCGAUAACCUUGGGGGUGCCCCACUAUCACACGGUGAUCAAGCGGCCAAUGGACUUGAACACCAUCAAGCACCGGCUGGCCUUCAACUACUACUACCAGGCGGACGAGGCCAUCGAAGACUUCAAGUUUGUCUUUGAGAAUUGCCUGCUGUUCAACCUGAAGGGCACUGAGGUCCACACGGCGGGCCUGAUGCUGAAGAGCUUCUUCUACGAACGCCUGGCUUUGAUUGACUUAACCAACGAGGUGGAGGUGGUCGAGAAGCCCAAGGGGAAGAAGCGCAAGAAGGCAACUCCUGAGGGUCGUAAACCUAAGAUUCAGGCUAGGAAAGCGUUUCCCGAUACACAUUUUUAAUAGAUCUUUGCAAGUUUUGCAAGUUUGAUUGAAGCAGUUCUCAAAUACAAUUCGAAUACGAUUUAUUUAUUUUUUAAAUAAAUUUAUAGUUGAAUUCUUGGAA